AUGAAUCCAACAUCCUUCCUCCUAUCGCAAGAUGUGCGCGUCCUCGCAACCCGCGACCAGGGCGUCGGCAGCGGCGCCAUCAACAUCGAGGCCAUCGACCCCGCGCAGCGGUACACAAUGGUGGCACUGCUGGGCUGCGCGCUGUGGAACAGCCUCGAGAUGGUGCCCAUCGUCCUGCUGACCUUCAAACGAUACUCCGGGCUGUACUUCUGGAGCAUGGUGUUUUCCACGCUGGGUGUCAUCUUUUCCGCUAUCGGCUUUCUCUUUCUCAUCUUCGACAUCGGCGUGGACAACAAAUUCCCACCGGCCUUCAUGGCGGCUUUCGGCUGGGUGCCAAUGGUCAGCGGACAAAGCCUGGUUCUCUUCAGCCGGCUUCAUCUACUUCGCCUGUCGAGGACGCUGAGGAAAUGGAUCCUUGCCGAAAUCAUCUUUACGAUUGUGUUUCUCCAAAUUCCCACUUUGACUCUCACCGUCGGCAGCCAGACCAGCCAUCCCGACCAACACGCAUGGGUCAGGCCCUAUCAGAUCAUCGAAAGGAUACAGGUCGUUGUGUUCUUUGUACAGGAAGUCGUCCUCAGCUCACUGUACCUGUGGAGGUGUUUUAAAUUUCUCGUGGCCCGCGAAGGGAAUGAGACAGGCUUCAGCAGCGACAGGGGCCGGCGUGACGUGCAGAAGAUGUUCAUUCACUUGCUCAUCGUCAACAUCAUAGUCAUCGCCCUCGACGUCACAAUCAUCGGCUUGCAGUAUACUGGUCUGUUUCUGUUCCAGAUCAGCUACAAGCCCUUCGCCUACAGCGUCAAGCUAAAGAUCGAAGCAAGCAUCCUCACACAGCUCGUUGACUUCGUGAAAGCCCGGCACAGACACGGCACAUUCACGCUGACGCCUGAAGCCCAGAAGGAGUGGGACGACACGCUGGACAGGGUGUUUGGCACGGUGGGGGACAUGAAGAGCGACGAUGAAUAUCACGACGGAAACAAAAUUGGGCCCCAAACCGCCGAGAAGAAUAGCUCAGGCACGCGCGUGGGCACUGGUUCGGGCUCGGGCUCGGGCUCGGGCUCGGGCUCGGGCACGACACAUACACUUGCCCAAGUGAAGGAAAUACCACAGGAAGUUGUCGUCUACCCGGCUAGGUAUACGCAAGGAAACCCGGACGCUCCGUUUGUUCGGUGGUGGCACCCGGAAGAGGUAAAGGAGGUACAUAGUCGGAGGCAAUCGCAACGGCCGCCGGAGAGAUUGUAA